GGGGGGGGUCCACUUUCUCGAACUUGUUGAUUCAGGCCUUCGAAAAGGCUCUCAUCAUUUAGUUGAGGGACAGACGGAACGCCCUUAGUUUAACACGUAGCAGGCUUUCGCGACCAAUCGCAUCCAUAAUAUAGGUUUUUUUGGGUUAUAUCGCGUAAAUAUAUAAAUGUGUCACCACCCGACAGCCAGUUUAAUAAUGAGGGUUAUCACGUACACAGAACAAUGUUGUGGCUUGGCUCUCCUACACACCGGUGUGCUGUACUAUACGAAUUGGAACGUUCUGUGUGCCACCACCACACCUCUAAUUUUUGGUAGUCCAACGCAUCUCUCCACCCCUGUCAUGGUUUAAAAUAAACUCUUUGCCACGUAAGUCACGAGGACCAAGACCAGCCUCCAUCGUUUGGAACGCCAUCCAGUGUUGAACCUACACAAUUGUCAAAGACACUUAAAGGACCCCACCUCUUUCACCUGACAUUAAAGCUACACGGAGCUUGGCUCCACGCCUCAGAGUUGGGGUCGUUUAGGUCUGUGAAAUAUGCUCCUUAUAAACUGCAUUUUUUAAAUAAUCUUUGGGUUUUUCGGUAUAGUCACGGAGAUAGGUUCAAAGAAAAUAACAAUUUUUUUAAAACAUGUUUUAUUUUACCAGGUAAGGCCCACUGAGCUAAAUACUGUAGCUCUUACAUUUCGAUUUAAAGCUUUCGUGACUGCAGGGAUUCAUCUUCUUGGUUCUUUCGGCAAAGUCACGUGACUUUACCGAAAGAACCAAGAAGACUGUAGCUCUUGUUUAAGAAGUGACCUGGCCACAAAUGAUAGCUCAACGAAGUGGCUUAUCGUGUGGAAAUGUAUAGCAGCCAAAAUACAGUUCUUAAUGUGGAGGAAAAGACAAAAGGACCCGGAUUAAAAACCACAUUACCACGGGGAGAACAUGCAAACUCCAAAUGCACAGCAGCUGUCAAGGUUGGGAUUGAACACCACGAUCUCCUGUAUACCAGGCGCCUACUCUUCGUGUAUCUGAGUCAGUCACUACAUAUGCAUGAGCAGUCAAAAUUAGAAUAACUACAACUCUUCUUUGGAAUUAUAACUUUUCACUUGUGUGCAAGUGAUCAUCAUCCUUCAUUAACCCACUGCUGAGUGAAGGCCUCCCUAAGCCACCACCAUCUCCCUCGAUCUUGCGAUGUGAUAAACCACCCCACAGCAACGUACAAACUCAGCCACUCCUGUCUUGUUGACUAUUGGCAUAUAAGCGAUAUGUACCUGUAAUUGCUGGAAUUAAAUAAAACUUCGUCAACAAAACAACGUAUGUUACUCAUUAGCCACUGAUAAAUAUUUGCAUGACCUCCCCUGCAUAUGUUGAACAGAAUAGUAACCUCCAGAAGUGGACUUUGUCAUCAACCAAGGUAGCCAACCUCCGCUGAGCUUUGCUGCUGCAGCUGCAUUAUAUAAUUAGGAAGUGCCGUUCACAGAAACAUGCUGUCACGCGCCUUCAUUCGCCAGCAUUUUUUGAUGCACCGAGUCGAGUCGGCUCAUGCUGCAACUGAGCACUGCACGCCGCCGCCGCCGCUGCUGCUGCUGCCUCCAUGUCUGUCAAUGUCGACGAAUUUCUCACCCUCAUUGGACAACUCGGCACGUUCCAGAGGAGGAUGCUGCUCAAACUUUCCGCCAAUGUCACCAUCACCGCGUUCGUGUUCUUCUUGGACUGCUUCAGCGGCGCGCUUUUCCCGUGCGUGCGGUCGCCGCCGCCGCCGCACGGACACGAAGCCUCGGGCGGCAACCGCUCCGCCGGGCGAGAGCUCGUGUCGUUCGGCGGCGGCGAGGGACGGCGCAACGCGUGCGAGCCGCGUGCCGCCGCCUCGGUGGAGGCUGCCCUGUCGGUGAACGUGUCCCGGGUCGAGCACGGAUUGACCGCUGGCUGCUGCGGUGGAGCGAGCGAAGCGUACAGCCUGCAAGACUUUAAGUUUUAUUCACAAACCAUGUUCAUGGUCGGGCUGCUCGUCGGUUCCAUAGCCAUGGGCAUUGCAUCUGACAGGUACGGCCGCAGGCCAGUGCUGCUCAGCUGUGUCGCGUCUCAGGGAGCAGCCGAGUUCGUGGUCGCAUUCCUUCCAAACUUUCCGACCUACCUCCUUGGGCGGCUCCUCACUGGAACCACCGCCAGUGGCAUAAUGCUCUGCUCGUUCAGUUUGGGCGUGGAGUGGUGUGGCCCCGCGCUCCGGGCCUGGCCACCGAUCAUCCUGGCGUUGGCCUUCAGCGUGGGCAUGAUGGCCCUGGCUGGAGUGGCUAAGAUCAGCCAGAAUUGGCCACAACUCCACCUUGCCACUGGGGUGCCCCAACUCAUGGUUCUGCUUCUCUUCUGGUCACUGCCAGAGUCUCCUCGAUGGCUCUUUUUUAAAAAACGCACAACGGAGGCCAGAAAUCUGCUGCGGCAGGCGUCAAUAAUCAACCGGAGGACUGAGGAGAAGGUGCUACACGCCCUGGAACUCGUCGAUGUUGAAGAGACGUUCACGGACAGGAGAGCGGCUAACGAAUCCACGCUGCUCACAACGUUCCGAAAUCACACGUUGCGCAAGAGGCUGCUGAUAAUGUCGUACAUUUGCGCCGCCGUGUCGAUGACGUACUACGGCCUGUGCCUGAGCGUCGGCGACUUUGGCCUCGACAUCCACAUGGCCCAGUUCCUGUCGGGCCUGGCCGAGGUCCCGCAGCUGCUGCUACCGCCGCUCAUGCGUCGCGUCGGCCGCCGUUCCCUCUGCAUCGUCUGCCUCUCCGUGGCCGGCGCCACCUGCUUGCUGUGCCUGCCGCUGCAGCCCAACCCAGAGUUGGCGAACGUCGUGGUGGCACUGGCGCUGCUGGGAAAGCUGUGCGCCCAGGUCACGGCGUGCGUCGCCACCCUCUACAGGAUCGAGCUCUUCCCCACCAACGUCAGGCAGAACGCGCUGGGAGUGGUGGCCAUGUGCGGCAGCGUGGGCAGCCUUCUGGCGCCGCUGGUGAACCGGGCGGCGCUCGUGCUGGGGGUCUCGGCCCUCUCGGUGCACGGCUGCCUGCCGCUGGCGGGGGCGGCGCUGGCGCUGCUGCUGCCCGAGACGAGGCGCGUGCCUUUCCCCGACUCCGUGGAGGAGUGCGAGCGGCAGCCCUCGCUCGCCUUGCCCUCGAUCGCGCUGCCCUGUGCCGUGGGCCUCUUCAGGGCCGGCGACUUCAAGAAAACCUCCCAAGCGGCAACUGACGGUGCUGACGAGAAAGAGGAGGAAGAGGAGGAGGACGCCACCGCUUCUCUCAGAGGCCACGGCGGAGCCGUGCGGAUGGAGUCGGUGCCCGCGGAGGCGGAGGCUGCAGCAGCAGCAGCAGCGCCACCGUGAGCAUUGAAGAGGAUCAAAACUGUUCAAAGGAGAACAUAACGUAACACAUUGAGAACUCCCAAGCUCAAGGCGAGAUCCGUGACCCUUGCGAGCCAUUGGCGGGGUCCUCCCAUGUCACCUUACACCACCGCACUGCACACAGCCUGAUUGUGGACCUGCAGCUCGGAAGCAGAGCGAUUCCCGUUUAAACCAGCUGUGCACCAGUUUAAUCCUUGUUCGGAAUCAUCAGAGCAGUAUCGCCAUCGUUGCCCUCCCGCAACUGCCUUGUAGCUCGAGAUUAUCCAUUACCAUCCGGGCAUUAUUACCCUUACUGUGAUUGCAGCCUGCACGAACUUUUUUCAAAGUGAUGCGGAUUGUUCACGACUGUCUGAUCGCCACACCUGGAGAUUGACAGGUCAGCGCCCGGUCGCCUUGUUUGUUACGACAUCUGCUGCGCUGUCGUCCGCAGUGCUAUGAUUUGUGCGUAGUGCCGGUGUCCACGCGAACCUUAAUGCCCCCGACGAAUUGGUGCAUCCCACACGCACCGAGAUGGCCUCCAGCAGUGUCGUGGUCUCCGGCCCAUCUACUCGAAACCCCUUGCUAGUCACUCUCUGCUCAUAAUAAAGGCUUUUGGGAUAGAUCGCGUAAGUUUACACGUGUCGUGACCCUCCACCACCCGACACAGCGAAUCAGUAAGGGAUGUGUCACGUAAUUAGUUACUACUUCAGCCCACCGGUGUGUUGGAGAGUCAAUCCACAACAUUUACAAUUUGACGAGUACAACGUUUCGCUCGUAAUUGCAUCAUCCAGCAUCAUUGGGCGACUUGCCAGAGCAGUGAAGCCAUCCACCUGCUUCCGGUCGUAUUUGUCACCGCUCCGCACGUACACCUGUGCACGUGACACUCAUGCACCCAUACACACGAAUACCCCUGCACCCAUACACACGGAAACCCAUGCACCCAUACACACGGAAACCCAUGCACCCAUACACACGGAAACCCCUGCACCCAUACACACGGAAACCCCUGCACCCAUACACACGGAAACCCCUGUACCCAUACACACGAAAACCCCUGCACCCAUACACACGAAAACCCCUGCACCCACACAUACGGAAACCCGUGCACCCACACACACGAAAACCCGUGCACCCACACACACGAAUACCCGUCGACACAUUCGCCCGCACACAUGUAUGUGCGUUCAUACAUGAUUAUUACAUUCACAUUACCAUGUUUUGUGUGGACUUGGGCCAUCUUACACAUGGCGUGCUUUUGCAAAUAACAUCGAGCAAUCCAGCAAUGCUUUUUUUUAUCAUACUUCAUCACGCUGAACAGUGCGGGCAGGCGAAGAUUCAAUAUUGCUCGCCACUGAUGUUAGCCGUGGCUGGGAAUCUGAGCUCAGCUUGCUGGAUGCGUAGCAGAGUGCACUACACCGCGACCUGUUUCAUCAUCAUUGUAACGCAGAUAAGUUAUUAAAUUUCUCUCGCGUUUGUUUCCCGGUGUAGGGAUCACCAUUUGCGCUGCACUUAAUUUGCUAGUGGCUGUGUUUAGUUUGUGCACGUUCAAAUUGCCGUGCCAAACAGGAUCCAUUGCCGAACCCUGCGUAAUGCGUGCAGUGUGUGCACGCGCGUGUGUGUGUGUGUGUUGUUUCUUUCCGAGUGAGCUCCAA